UCCCAACUUCGGAAAAGUUCAUUCGUGAUUGUUUCUCGUCCACGCAGGACAAGACUUUCUUUAGACAUUUUGUGAGGAGAUUGUUCCAUCUCAAGCAAGAUGAAGUUUUUAAUAGGAGUACUGUGUGUGAUUGCCUUCGCGUCAAUUGCCGAGUCGGCACCAAGACGCAGCUGCAAGAGUAAUUUUCGCAGGUGUUUGAACAGGUUGGAGGAGGGCGAAAUACACACGGGCAAGGUCUGUGGUACAGACGGAACCACAUACAUCAAUGCAUGCAAGCUGGCCCUCAAAAAAUGUGAGGGUCAGACUUCGGCCACCGUAAAACACACCGGACGAUGCCCCGCUAACCUAAACCUAAAAGGUCAAAACCCUGAAACCGUCAGACAAACAUGCCCAAGAACCUGCAGAAAUGCCCGUCAUGUGCAAGUGUGUGGUUCCGAUGGAAAGAAAUACGCUUCAGAGUGUAUGGUCUUGCAGAAGAGCUGCAAGAGCAGGCGGCACCGAAACCUACACGUCGUGUCACGUUGGCCUUGCGUCCAAGGAGCUCAAAACCAAGGCGUAGGUAGUACAGACUUCUUCACGGGCAAUGGACAAAAUGAAGGUGGCGAGCAAAAUGAAGGUGGCGAACAAAAUGAAGGUGGCGAGCAAAAUGAAGGUGGCGAGCAAAAUGAACGUGGUGACCAAUCUGAAGCUGGUGAACAAAAUGAAGGUCGCGAGCAGUCAGAGGGUGGCGAGCAAAAUGAAGGUCGCGAGCAGUCAGAGGGUGGCGAGCAAAAUGAAGGUGGCGAGCAAUCUGACAAUGGUGAACAAAAUGAAGGUGGCGAGCAAUCCGAAGGUGGCGAGCAAAAUGAAGGUGGCGAGCAGAAUGAAGGUGGCGAGCAAUCUGAAGCUGGCGAGCAAAAUGAAGGUGGCGAUCAAAAUGAGGGUCGUGACCAAGACGCCAGGAACUUCAGGCAGGAAGGGAAAGGGGAUGGUUUUGAUGCCAGUUCCUUCCUUGCACCUGCUGAGCAGUUUUUCCCUGACCUCCCUGGGUCGAGUGCUGGUACCGGCGGCGGACCUGGAGGACCUGGAGGACCUGGAGGACCUGGAGGACCUGCUGGUGGAGAAACAGAGUCAGAUGAAUCGUCGGAAGUAGCCGAAUCAGAGGCAUCCGAGGCCCCUGAAUCCGAGGCCGCUGAAUCUGAGGCCGCUGAAUCUGAGGCCGGGGCAGAAGGAGGUGAGGGUGCUGCUAGCCAAGUUCAAUCUUCUGACGCUGAGCCGGCCGAAUCCGAGGUCGAAUCCGAGAACGAAUCAGAGAACGAAUCUGAGAACGAAUCUGAGAACGAGGGUGUUGCUAGCCAAGUUCAAUCAUCUGACGCUGAAUCCGAAACAGAAUCAGAGAACGAAUCUGAGAACGGGGGUGUUGCUAGCCAAGUCCAAUCUUCUGACGCUGAAUCCGAGAACGAAUCCGAGAACGAAUCUGAGAACGGAUCCGAGAAUGCGCCCGGUAAUUGGAAUGGACCUGCGAAUCAGAACCAGGGGUCUCAAGGUGGAUCAGAUUAUUCCGAUUACGAGGAACCAGAAUCUGAAGAGGAUGACUGAACAUUAUAAGGAUAUUGUAGAGGGACAUUCGAAUAUAUCAAGUCAAACUAUUUCUAACAAUAAUUUCUGAACGUUAAAACUGAGGAGUGUUUCAUCCUGAAUGGGUUUACCCUCACUAUUCCUUUCACUGAAUUUUGGUGCCCGUUUAAUAUAACCCCCUUCUUGGCAAACUUUAUAAUUAAAAACCAUAUUGAGCUUGAAUGUCAUAAAUCAUUCAGAAGAAUGGAGUUCGAAGCGAAUUCAUAGAUGCACAUUGCAACCGGGCUUAAAUUACCUACAUAAUGUUCUGUCCAAUCUAUCCUUUAGUUUGCGUCUUGCAUAAUUGUAUGUGUAGACUUAUUCUUUUUCGUAAGAUGGAAACAGGUACAUGGAAACAUGUGUUUCCUACACAAACUUUGAAUUAACAAUUUUCUCCCUUUAAAUAUAAACCCAUAUACUCCCCUAAAGAUUUAUAGACUGAAGUUUACUCUAAACGAUAGAUGAGCCAAUCGUAUUGUCUAAAGCAAAAUGUGCUUACAUCAGAUGUCCAAGUUUGACUCGAGCUAAAAUCGUUUCGGAGUAUUUUUUUGUUUUUUCAUGACACUGUUAAUAAAGCGACCAGUGCCUUUGGAUUUGGUUGUAAAAAUCGUUUAUUUAAAAAAAAUAAUAAUAAUAAAAAUCUUAACAACAAACAAGUCCUCCCAUGUUCCACGUUCGAACCCCCACAGUGUCAACAUUUGCAAAAAAAUAAAUUAUAGUUCAUUAUAGUCAUGUAGGGCUAAUCUAUACAUUUUGCACAUAAUAUUGAUAUUGGGAAUACACAUGUAACACUUUCUUUGAAUAUUAAAAAAAAAUUAAAACAGCAAAAUUAAUGGUUA